GGGUGGCGGUCGAAUAGUGUUGUCCCGCCUAGCGGAGAAAUAAGCCGAACAUCCCCAUAAACACUCGAGACUUUAGCUCAAAUUUGGGGAAAUUUUGAAGACCUUGGCAAGAGACGGUCGAACCCGAACCGUCGAGCCCUUUACUUACCGUUAGCUCGAUAGUUGCAAGCAAGGCUAUAUAAAGAUAAACCGUUGCCAGUAUUGUUAAUUGCUGCUUGAGGUGGUAUUUUGGUGAGAGGCUAUCACCCACUGCUGCCAGCUGUUGCACCACAAUGGGAGAGGACGACGCCAUGUACACCGUUCUGCUGCCGACCUACAACGAGCGUGAGAACCUGCCCAUCAUCGUGUGGCUGCUGGUCAAGUACUUCACAGACGCCAAGGUCGAGUUUGAGAUCAUCGUCAUAGACGACGGCAGCCCGGAUGGCACCCUAGAGGCCGCUGAGCAGCUGCAGCGCAUCUACGGCGAGGAGCGCAUCGUGCUGCGGCCGCGCGCCAAGAAACUCGGCCUCGGCACCGCCUACAUCCACGGCCUGAAGCACGCGCGCGGCCAGUUCAUCAUCAUCAUGGACGCCGACCUGUCGCACCACCCCAAGUUCAUCCCGCGCAUGAUCGCGCUCCAGCAGAAAGACAACCUGGACAUUGUCACCGGCACGCGCUACAGCGGCGACGGCGGGGUCAGCGGCUGGGACCUGCGGAGGAAGCUGAUCAGUCGCGGCGCCAACUACCUGACCCAGGUGCUGCUGCAGCCGGGCGCCAGUGACGUGACCGGCAGCUUCCGACUCUACCGGCGGGACGUGCUGCGCCGACUGGUCGACUCGUGCGUAUCAAAGGGCUACGUCUUUCAGAUGGAGAUGAUCGUGCGCGCCACUCGGCUCGGAUACCGGAUCGGCGAGGUGCCCAUCAGCUUUGUGGACCGCGUCUACGGCGAGAGCAAGCUGGGCGGCUCCGAGAUCGUCAACUUCACCAAGGGCCUGCUGUACCUGUUCGCCACCACGUGACGUUCGCGCGGUGAGGGACCGAGACCCGGCGGCGGGGUGCAUUCCAGACGGGUGAGCUCGCGAUGACCCGUCCGCCCGCAGUGUGACACGACGGCCAUUCUAUCGCGCGACUUUGUUGGUGGUUGAGAAUUUAUACAUAAAUAUAUUAUUGUUUCUUACA